CGUGUUUGUAAACAUGAAGUUAUUUCUAGCUAUUCUGUUCAUGGCUAUGGCCUUCGCGAGCUCAUUUAAAUUGCAUUUGCCGUUUGGGAUUAAGAACCUGCCAAAGAUUGAGAACAAGAUCGAAGGUCGAAUUGUCAAUGGCUACACGGCGGAAAAAGGACAAAUUCCGUUCAUUGUUGGUUUGAGUUUCGAUUCAGACGAGGGCAGCUGGUGGUGCGGUGGUAGCAUUGUUGACAACGCAUGGAUUCUGACUGCUGCCCACUGCACGUUUGGUGCAAGCUCUGUGAUAAUCUACUACGGCACAACGAAACUCGAUCAUGGUGACCCAACACAUAAUGUUAACAGCGACGACUUCGUCGAACAUCCGGACUACGAUGACGAUACAAUGGAUAAUGAUGUCGCCCUGAUUAGGACGCCCUCUGUGUCCUAUACGGACCUGAUCCAAAGUGUGACAUUGCCUGACAGCAGAGAUAAUAGAUACGAGGGCUCGUGGAGCACCAGCUGCGGCUGGGGACUCACUUCGAAUGAUGGUCCAAUGGCAAAGAAACUAAAGUGUGGCGACUUUCACAUAAUUAGUAAUGACCAGUGCUCCGAGGAGAUUGGGGAUGUUGAUGACAAUGUUCUCUGUGUCUCCACUUCAGAGGGCGUAUCCACAUGCGAGGGCGACUCUGGUGGCCCAUUGCUCUCCACAGAUGACCACGUGCUCAUCGGUAUCAACUCCUUUGUGAUCGAAGACUGCGAAAGUGGCUUCCCCGCUGGUUUCACUCGAGUUAGUGAUCAUCUUGACUGGAUACACGAACAAAUUGGUUAAUGAAUACCAAAUUGAUUAUAAAUCGCCAACCAAACUAUAGCAAUCAGCUAAAUAGAAUCUGACAAAUGGAUGCCUAUAUUUAUACAUAUUUGCAAAAUCUUAUUACUUUUCACUUAAUUAAAACAAUCGAAUGCCAACCCAUAUCUAAAAAUUGAUAACGUAUUUUACUUUUCUCAUUACUAAGCGAUUAAAGCUUCUGAUUUUAUCCAAGAUUUCACAAACAUUAUAAUAAAGACUGAAAUAUUUUAAAUUUGAA